AGGACAAGUCCACGGUGUUUGGGACUGCCCUGAGCUAUGUGUCUCUCAGAAUCCUGGGUAUUGGACCUGAUGAUCCUGACCUUGUGCGUGCUCGGAACAUUCUUCACAAAAAAGGCUAGGUGAAGUGUUCUGUAUGCAUUAUGAACUUCUGCAAUCCUCUUUCAAGUCUCUGCCCCUGUGGUGCUUAAGUGGUGCAGUGGGCAUCCCUUCCUGGGGGAAGUUCUGGCUGGCUGUCCUGAAUGUUUACAGCUGGGAAGGAAUCAAUACCCUCUUCCCUGAGAUGUGGCUGCUUCCUGAAUGGUUUCCCGCACAUCCCUCCACUCUGUGGUGUCACUGCCGGCAGGUCUAUCUGCCCAUGAGCUACUGCUACGCCACUCGGCUAAGUGCCUCAGAGGACCCACUGGUUCAGAGCCUCCGCCAGGAACUCUAUGUGGAGGAUUAUGCCAGCAUCGAUUGGCCAGCACAGAAGAACAACGUGUGCCCCGAUGACAUGUACACGCCACACAGUUGGCUGCUGCACGUGGUGUAUGGACUCCUCAACCUGUAUGAACGUUUCCACAGUACCAGCCUGCGGAAGUGGGCCAUCCAGUUGCUGUAUGAACAUGUUGCAGCUGAUGAUCGGUUCACAAAAUGCAUCAGCAUUGGCCCGAUCUCAAAAACUGUCAACAUGCUUAUUCGUUGGUCAGUGGACGGACCAUCCUCCCCUGCCUUCCAGGAGCACGUCUCGAGGAUCAAAGAUUAUCUUUGGCUGGGCCUUGACGGCAUGAAAAUGCAGGGCACCAAUGGAUCACAGACCUGGGACACUUCAUUUGCUGUCCAAGCCCUGCUGGAGGCAGGUGCACACCGAAGACCUGAGUUUUUGCCCUGCCUGCAGAAGGCUCACGAGUUCCUGCGGCUUUCCCAGGUCCCAGACAACAAUCCUGACUACCAGAAGUAUUAUCGCCAUAUGCACAAGGGUGGUUUCCCCUUCAGCACACUGGACUGUGGCUGGAUCGUUGCUGACUGCACGGCCGAGGCUUUGAAGGCUGUGCUGCUCCUGCAGGAGCGGUGUCCCUCAAUCACCGAGCAUGUCCCCCAAGAGCGACUCUACAAUGCUGUGGCUGUGUUGUUGAGCAUGAGGAAUUCCGAUGGAGGGUUUGCUACCUAUGAGACUAAGCGUGGCGGGUAUUUGCUGGAGCUGCUGAACCCCUCAGAGGUCUUUGGAGACAUCAUGAUUGACUACACGUAUGUAGAGUGUACCUCCGCAGUGAUGCAGGCCCUGAGGCACUUCCGCGAGUACUUCCCAGACCACAGGGCUACAGAGAUCAGGGAGACCCUCAAUCAAGGCCUGGACUUCUGCCGAAAGAAGCAGAGAGCGGAUGGCUCGUGGGAGGGCUCCUGGGGGGUUUGCUUCACCUAUGGCACCUGGUUUGGCUUGGAAGCAUUCGCUUGCAUGGGACAUAUCUACCAAAAUAGGACUGCUUGUGCAGAAGUAGCUCAGGCCUGCCACUUCCUCCUGUCGCGGCAGAUGGCGGAUGGGGGCUGGGGGGAGGACUUUGAGUCCUGUGAGCAGCGGCGGUACGUGCAGAGUGCCGGGUCCCAGGUCCAUAGUACGUGCUGGGCCCUGCUGGGUUUGAUGGCUGUCAGGCAUCCCGACAUCUCUGCUCAGGAGAGAGGAAUCAGAUGUCUGCUAGGGAAACAGCUCCCCAACGGAGACUGGCCUCAGGAGAACAUCUCUGGGGUCUUCAACAAGUCCUGUGCCAUCAGCUACACAAAUUACAGAAACAUCUUCCCCAUCUGGGCCCUGGGCCGCUUCUCCAGCCUGUAUCCUGACAAUACCCUUGCUGGCCACAUUUGAGCAUGUGUGCGCCUGUGCGGCACCUGGCCAGCGUCAGCACUGUACAGGCCCAGGCAGCCCGGUUUCUCAGCUGGGUGAUAAGCGUCCUCCUAGCCCACUUUGGCAUGGUUCUCUAUUUCUGUAGACAUGAGGCUGGGGAUAGGGUCAGAGUCGGUGUCUAGACACUGGGCAGCAUGCGCUCGGUUCUGACGCUAGCUUCAGUGAGGAAGGGAAGAAGUUGAGCCUGAGAUCCAGAGAGGCACAGUGUACUCCGAGGCUCCUGGGUGUCCUCCUUGAGGGAACAAGACUGUAGAGCUUUCAUGAUCAGUGACUUCCCUGUGAGGGAGCAGCUGGCUUCUUCACUUCCUCCCUUGUUGACUGUGGAGUGGGCCCCGUGGUGCAGGCAUGCUCAGAGAAAGGCUCAAUGGAGGAGGCAGGCCCCUUGCUCAUUGUGUCCUGAGCAGUGUCUGUUGUCCCAGACACUUACCCAUGACUGCAUCACUGCACGAAAUACCAGUUUUCCAGAAAGGAAGUACAAACUCGCUCUGUACUAAAAAUGCUACUAAAAGUCGUUUGAAUGAUCACCAACUCCCUUAAUAAACAGACCCUGGGCUGAUGGCCCAGUAGUAAAGAAAGUCGGCUGCUCUUUCAGAGGACCUGGGUCUGAUUCCCAGCCCCCACCUGGUGGCUAACGACUUGUAAUUCCAGUUCUCAGGGAACCCAGUGUCAUCUUCUGGCCUCUGGGCACUGCACACACGGUACCUAGACAUACAUACACUCAACACCUAUACAUAUAAAAUAAACCCCGAAAAUAAAAUAUUAAAAAACCAAACAGCCCCCCUUCCUGAGACAUUUCAUCCUGGAGUAUCCUGAGUCUGUGGCAAGGAGCCAGAUGUAGCAUCCAGUUGUGCCCCUGGGUUCUGAGCUUUUCCACAUCGCAAUGGUUUCUGGGAUAUCAGCAUCCUGAUAUCCAAGUGUUUCAGUCUUCUUGUUGAGAUAGAGAAGCACACAUGGGAAGACAUUGGGGUAGAUAUUGGUUAUAGCAGUUCCUGCCAUGGGACAGUGCUAGAGCAAGGACUCUGAUCUCCACUCACCACUUAGACCCACCGAGCCAGCCAGGAAAAUGCCCAUGACACCCAAAGCCUUAUCAGCCCGUAUGCCAGCUGUGCCUUGAGUCCAAGUGAGGGCCAUUUCUGAGGCAAUCCUUAGGUGUGAACUGAUUCUAACUGGCCAGCAUGCAGACAGAGUCUAGGGUGGAACUAUGUGUCUCCUUGAAGUUACUCCUUUUCUCCUUGAUGAGCAGGGUCCAGCUGGAUGCCUCCUUAGUCUAAUGUUCCACACCCCUAGUGCUUUCUGCCCUGGGAGCUCCAACCUCUUCCUGGCCCAUAGUUUUCCCUGGGACAAGCAGAGAGCUGUGUCUGAACCCCUUUCCUCUGUGCAGGACCCUCUAGGGCAGCCAUUUGCCAUGAUACAGGUUCUCUGGGCCUUGAGCCCGCUGCCUCCUGCCCGGCUCCUACAUGGACACCUUCUGCUGUGACUCAGGGCUUUCCUGCCUUAGACUGUGGCCUGUGGUGUUCACAGCACUGCCUUCCUAGACCCUGCUAGUAGUAGAACUGAUGAGUUAGUUCCCUAGCUCUGCCCCUGGCAGUCGCAGCCAUCCCUUGGAAUUCCCGGCCGCGGUUUGCAGACAGCUGGUGAAGCAUGCGUUAGGCUGUAGUAGAUCACACUGCAGAGUUCCCAGCAUGUGCUGGAGUACGAGCCCCAGUUUAGGGAGUUCUCUGGACUCUGGGGAGCUGGUGGGGGACACUCACUGGAUACCUGUCUAGAACAAGUUCUUAAGUAUUCUUAAAAUGAGUUUGUGCCAGUGCUUGUCAGGAAUAAUUUGGAAUGGGCUGACGGCUUUUCCUGUGGAUUCACAGUGGAUUUUCUCUGUUAACUGUGAUGUGGACUUCAACACUCUGUUGUGAGGGGUUCUUUAGUGAGGAAUGUUGACUCCCCCUGCCCCCGUGAAGCAGUUUUCCUGUGUGGUAUUCACCAUGACGUGAUCUUCACUACUGGUCCAGGAUGGCCUCAAGCUUGAGGGCAGUCCUCCUGCUUCCGCCUCCUGAGUGUUGGGAUUACAGGCAUGUGCUACCAUUCCUGCUCAAGGGCUCGAUGGCUACGCCUCUCUGACAAAAUAUUUUUUUCCUUCUAGAAUACGACUUAUUGCUAAGUAGAAUUAAAUUUACUAAGAUGUUUUUUUUUAAAUAAAUUUUUGCUAUAUGC